CAACCGUCGGGUUCUAGUUCGACCAUCGGAAUUGUUGAUAAACCUAAUCUCUUUGGAGAUUUGGUGAGCUCUGCAAUCGGACAGAGUUCUAAGAGUAGCAAUAAUACUCCCAUAAAAUCGAUUCCUGCCUCUAAGGCAUCAGGUACUACAACGAACAAAAGCUCCUUUUCGAUGGGAAAUAUGGCGGAUGCUUUGCCUAAAACCAGUAACACGACGGCAAGUAGUGGAAGUUGGGGAUCUUCCGGGUACAAUAAUACUAGCAUGGGCACUAAUAAGAGCCCAAAUCUUGGUGGUCCUUCAAUGCGAAAUAUGAAUAGUGGUAGUUCAGCUGGAAGUGGAAUGAAUGUUAAUAGAGAUCCAUUCAGCUCUUUGGCUGGAUUUGGAUCAAAACCAUCUGGUAGUCUUAAUUCAGCUGGAAUGGCCACAAAAAAUAAUAAAGCCGAGGAUGAUGGUUUUGGAGACUUCCAGAAUGCCUCCAAACCAGGCCCUACCGCAUUCCCAUCAAGUAGUUCUGCUGCAGAGAAUUUCAGUUUUCCAGGAUCUACCAAUUUGAAUCAGAGCCCUGUGCAGACAUCUGCUGGUGGUGACCCUAUAGACAUCUUAUUCUCAUCUUCAGCUACGGCUGGAAGUGCUACUGCGACUUCGGAAGCAUUUGCAGGAAAUUCAUCUUCUGAAAUUGAUGACUGUUUGGAUUCUGAAUUUGGUGGAGGAGGACAUGAUGUGGGUGGUACAACCACUGAGCUUGAAGGGCUUCCACCCCCUGCUGGGCUAUCGGGUUCUACAGCAAAAGGUAAAGGGAUGGACAAUUACAAGCAAGGUCAGUUUGCAGACGCUAUUAAGUGGUUAUCUUGGGCCAUCAUCCUUCUUGAGAAAACGGAGGAUAAUGCUGGUAUGGCAGAGGUGUUGUCAUGCAGAGCCUCAUGUUACAAAGAAGUUGGAGAGUAUAAAAAAGCAGUGGCCGAUUGUACAAAGGUACUAGAAAAUGAUGACACAAAUGUAUCUAUAUUGGUGCAACGUGCUCUCUUGUAUGAGAGCAUGGAAAAGUACAAGCUUGGUGCGGAAGACCUGAGGAGUGUUCUGAAGAUUGAUCCUGGUAAUAGGGUUGCAAGAAGUACCAUUCAUCGGCUUACAAAGCUGGCUGACUAGAAUCAUUUUAUUUUAGGCUACUCCAUUUUUUUUUUUUUCAAUUUCUAUAUAUAUAGUCACAUCUUUUCACCCCUUAGCCAUGAUUUUUGGGGUUGAUAGUAAAGUUUAUCUCUCAGUGAACGGAUUGUAUUUAUGAUUGUCGCCCAUCAUAUUAUUUUUGUGUGUGGAAUCUCAUUUAACUUGAAUUUAAUACUUAGUAAAUCAAACUUUUUUUUACAUUUGUAAUGACAUAUUCUUUUCCUCGUCAUGCUCUUUGAUAUGUAUUUUUAAUUGUCUUUUUAAGACUAUGUAGAUAGAAAAUUAAUGAAUUCCUUUUCCAGAGUGCACUUGAGCA